AUGUCUCUGCCAAGUCGACAGACAGCUAUUGUUAACCCUCCUCCACCAGAGUAUAUAAAUACCAAGAAAAAUGGGCGAUUGACAAAUCAACUGCAGUAUCUACAAAAAGUUGUUCUAAAGGCUUUAUGGAAGCAUAGUUUUUCUUGGCCUUUUCGACAUCCUGUGGAUGCUGUGAAACUAAAGUUGCCUGAUUACUAUACCAUUAUUAAAAAACCAAUGGAUUUAAAUACAAUUAAGAAGCGCUUGGAGAAUAAAUAUUAUGUGAAGGCUUCAGAAUGUGUAGAAGACUUCAAUACAAUGUUCUCAAAUUGUUAUUUGUACAACAAGCCUGGAGAUGACAUUGUUGUUAUGGCACAAACUCUAGAGGAGUUGUUUAUGCAGCAAUUACCUCAGAUGCCCCAAGAAGAGCAAGUUGUGGGUGGUAAGGAAAGAAUAAAGAAAGGUAAGCCAAGAGGCACUCAUCAAAAUGUAGCAGUUACUUCAGCUAAAGAAAAACCAUCCGCCAAAGCAACAGAAAAAGUAUUUAAGCAGCAAGUGAUUCCCUCUGCGUUUGCUGAGACACCUGUUUCUCCCUUAAGCAUGCCACAAGGGGCGCCACUCAACUGUAGCUCACAAACUGUGGCCCAGGUUACAAGGGGUGUGAAGAGGAAAGCAGAUACAACAACUCCUACAUCUUCAGUAGUUAAAUCAAGUAGUGAAUCUUCUCCAGCACUUAUAGAAAAAAAAUCAAUGAGAAUGCCACCCGUAAAAGAGAAUGUGCUGAAGAAUGCUUUGCCUGAUUCUCAGCAACAGUAUAAAGUUGUAAAGACUGCUAAAGUAACCGAACAAUUAAGGCGCUGUAGUGAGAUUCUUAAAGAAAUGCUUGGAAAGAAACAUUUAUCAUAUGCAUGGCCUUUUUAUAAUCCUGUUGAUGUUAAGGCUUUGGGAAUUCAUAACUACUAUGACAUUGUCAAAAAUCCAAUGGAUCUUGGAACUAUUAAGGAAAAAAUGGACAACCAAGACUAUAAGGAUGCAUAUGAAUUUGCUGCAGAUGUUAGAUUAAUGUUCAUGAAUUGCUACAAAUACAAUCCUCCAGAUCAUGAAGUAGUGACAAUGGCAAGAAUGCUGCAGGAUGUUUUUGAAAUGCAUUUUGCAAAGAUCUCUGAUGUACCUGUUGAGAGUAUGCCAGUAUGUUACGUUAAAACAGAUACCACAAAAACCCUUGGUAGAGAAAGCAGUAGUGAGGCUUCUUCUGAAGAUAACUUUUCUGAUGAUUCUGAAGAUGAACGAGUUCAGCAUCUUGCAAAGCUUCAGAAGCAGCUGAAGGCUGUUCAUCAACAGCUACAGGUUCUGUCCCAAGUACCUUUCCGUAAGCUAAAGAAAAAAAAUGAAAAGUCUAAAAGGGAAAAGAAAAAAAAGGUUAAUAGCAAAGAUGAAAAUCCAAGGAAAAAGUUUAAGCAAAUGAAACUAAAGGAAAAGUCCAAGAGCAAUCAACCAAAGAAAAGGAAACAACAGCUCUUGGCUCUGAAAUUUGAAGAUGAUGAUAAUGCUAAACCUAUGAACUAUGAUGAGAAAAGGAAAUUAAGUUUGGAUAUAAACAAACUCCCUGGAGAUAAACUUGGGCGAGUAGUUCACAUAAUACAAUCAAGAGAGCCUUCACUGAGAAACUCCAAUCCUGAUGAGAUAGAGAUAGAUUUUGAAACACUGAAAGCAUCAACACUAAGAGAACUAGAAAAAUAUGUUGUGGCAUGUCUAAGAAAAAGACCACUAAAACCUCAUACUAAGAAAAUAAUGAAGUCCAAAGAAGAACUUCAUUCACAGAAAAAACAGGAGUUGGAAAAGCAAUUACUAGCCAUCAGUAAUCAGCUAAAUUCUAGAAAACGUCUAACAAAAUCUGAGAAAAUGCAAUCAUCCAAAGCCGCUGGAAGUGGUUCCCGGUUGAGUGAGAGCAGCAGCAGCAGCAGCAGUAGCAGCUGCAGCAGCAGGAGCAGCAGCAGCAGCAGCAGCAGCUCCUCAGAAUCUGAGAGUAGUAGCAGUGAUUCCGAAUCAGAAAUGUUUCCUAAAUUUACUGGAGUAAAACAGAAUGAUUCUCCUAAAGAGAAUGUAAAGAAAAUGAAGAAAGAAUAUAUACUGCCUGAAGGAGGGACAGGCUUCACAGAGGAGCAGCUACAAUCCUCUGUGCAAGAUACAUCUGCUAAAACUACUCUUGUUCAUCAGACCACACAGUUAUAUGGAAUACCACCAAAUCACCACCAGUUAGCAUUUAACUAUCAAGAAUCAGAACAUUUACAGACUGUGAAAAACAUCUCGCCUUUACAAAUUCUGCCUCCCUCAGGUGAUUCUGAACAACUCUUGAAUGGCCUAACUGUGAUGCAUCCGUCUGAUGACAAUGACACAGUGGUGUUAGAAUCUCAACGUCAAGUUCCUGUGCAAAAGGAUAUAAAGAUAAAGAAUGCAGACUCUUGGAGAAGUUUAGGCAAACCAGUGAAAACAGCAGGUGUACUGAAAUCAUCAGAUGAGCUCUUCAACCAAUUCAGAAAAGCAGCAAUAGAAAAGGAAGUAAAAGCCCGAACACAGGAACUAAUACGGAAACAUCUGGUACAAAAUACUAAGGAACCAAAAGUAUCUCAAGAAAAUCAGAGGGACGUUGGAAAUGGAUUGACUCUAGAAUCUUUUUCAAGUAAAAUACAAAAUAAGUGCCAUGGAGAAGAGCAGAAAGAACAUCAGCAGUCAUUGGAAGUUCAAGAUAAAAGCAAACCUUGGCUUCUGAAAAAUCGUAAUUUAGCAAGGGAGAAAGAGCAAGAGCGGAGGCGGAGAGAAGCAAUGGCGGGUACCAUUGAUAUGACUCUUCAAAGCGACAUUAUGACAAUGUUUGAAAACAACUUUGAUUAA